UUACAUUUUGUAAUAGUUUCAAUUAGCAUAUAUAUAAUAUGCUUUUGUCUGAAAUUCAGCAUAUAAAUCAUAUUUGACAAAGUUUUGUAACAAGAAAAAAGUUUUCUUCUUCGAUAACGAAGAUUCUUGUAAGGAGAAUAAAUUUAGCAAAAUGAGUCAUCAGCCUUCUGCUAUUAUCGCAACUGCUAGCUAUGAUUGUACAAUCCGAUUCUGGGAAGCCGAAACCACUCACUGUUACCGUGCCAUCAACUGUCCUGCUCUGCCUGAAAGAGAGCUCUACGAAGACCCAGAUAAACCUCAGCAUGUGAACAAGCUCGAGAUAAGCCCAGAUAAGCGUCAUCUAGCAGCAGCUUGCAAUCCUUAUAUACGGCUCUUUGAUAUCAAUUCCCAUUAUGCACAUGUGAGGACUUUUGUUUCACACACCAGCAAUGUUACGGCCGUUGGGUUUCAUGCUGACAGCAAUUCGAUGUACUCAGGAUCAGAGGAUGGCACAGUUAGGAUCUGGGACUUGAGGUCUCCUAAUCAACCAGAGGUGUACGAACGGAAUUGCCAAAAGGCAUAUCACGCUCAUGAAAGUGUUACCCCAAUUAACACAGUUGUUUUACACCCAAAUCAGACUGAAUUGAUAUCUGGAGACAAAGAUGGAAUUAUACGUGUAUGGGAUACCAGAAUGAAUGCAUGUACCAUUGAACUGGUACCAGAACCUGAUACAGCUAUACGGUCUUUAUCGUUUAUGAGGGAUGGGACAAUGUUGGUUGCUGCUAACGACGGUGGCACAUGUUAUACAUGGAACAUCUUGCGUGGAAAUCAGGUGAUAACGGAAUUUGAGCCCAUUCGUAAGCUUCAAGCUCAUAAUAGACAGAUCCUUAAAUGUGUUAUAUCUCCUGAUAACAAAUAUCUAGUGACUGCAUCCUCUGAUAAAACUGUCAAAAUCUGGAACAUCGAUAAUUUCACGCUAGUUAAAGUCUUAACAGGACAUCAGAGAUGGGUCUGGGACUGCGCCUUCUCAGUGGAUGGAAAAUUUCUUUUAACAGCAUCAUCGGACAAGACGGCUAGAUUGUGGUCGAUGGAAGAGGGAAAAGAAGUGAGAGUGUACCGAGGUCAUGACAAAGCAAUUGUGUGUUGUGCACUCAAUGAUAGCUAAAUUGUGGUCGAUAGAAGCUGGAAAAGAACUGAGAGUGUACCAAGGUCAUCUUAAAGCAAAUGUGUGUUGUGCACUCAGUGAAUAAUCCUGAAUAAGAAUCCAAAAAGCUAAAUUAAUAAUGGACAAGUUAUGAUUAUGUCAAUUGUGCUGUUUGUGUUUUAGAAAACUCUUGUAGAUUUC